GCCCCGCGCUGCUGCUGCUGCCGCUCGGUGUCACUUCUCCAGCACAGCCUGCGAGAGCCCUCAACCAGUGGUGGGACCUCUACCAAGUGGUGGGACCUCAACCAGUGGUGGGACCUCAACCAGUGGUGGGACCUCUACCAGUGGUGGUACCUCAACCAGUGGUGGGACCUCAACCAGUGGUGGGACCUCAACCAGUGGUGGGACCUCUACCAGUGGUGGGACCUCAACCAGUGGUGGGACCUCUACCAGUGGUGGGACCUCUACCAGUGGUGGGACCUCUUCCAGUGGUGGGACCUCUACCAGUGGUGGGACCUCUACCAAGUGGUGGGACCUCUACCAGUGGUGGGACCUCUACCAAGUGGUGGGACCUCUACCAGUGGUGGGACCUCUACCAAGUGGUGGGACCUCUUCCAGUGGUGGGACCUCUACCAGUGGUGGGACCUCUACCAGUGGUGGGACCUCUACCAAGUGGUGGGACCUCUUCCAGUGGUGGGACCUCUUCCAGUGGUGAGACCUCUUCCAGUGGUGGGACCUCUACCAGUGGUGGGACCUCUUCCAGUGGUGGGACCUCUUCCAGUGGUAGGACCUCUUCCAGUGGUGGGACCUCAACCAGUGGUGGGACCUCUUCCAGUGGUGGGACCUCUUCCAGUGGUGGGACCUCUAUCAGUGGUGGGACCUCUAUCAGUGGAGGGACCUCUAUCGUCACAGCAAGCGGUGAGACCUCUACCAGUGUUGGGACCUCUAUCAUCACAAGCAGUGGUGGGACCUCUAUCAUCACAAGCAGUGUUGGGACCUCUAUCAUCAACAGCAAGUGUGCGUUCGAGGCCGACUCCAUCACGAUGACCCUUUACGCUCCACUCAACCUGAACCUUCAUUACGUGACAUCAUCAUCAGCUACAUCAUCAUCAGCUACAUCAUCAUCAUCAGCUAGCCUCCAUCAAAACAUCAGCUCUCCUCCAAUAGCACCCACAUCAACAUCAUCAACGUCAUCAUCUACACCACCAUCAUCGUCGUCGUCGUCGUCGGCAUCCUUAUCAACAUCCUUAUCAACAACAACAACAACUUCGUCCGCGCGCACGCCACCACAACUUUCGCCUCCGAUGCUUGCCCUUAGACCGGACACCUCCCCAGCAUCCAACAACAACCACAACAACCACAACAACACCACCACCACCACCACCGCCACCGUCCCCAAAUUCGUUCGCCCGCCGUCACCCCCGAGACACGCGCCGAGCGCCUGCACCGCGAUUCCCAUCGAAAGCACCGCAGCCAACAACAAAUGCCGCCCCGUGCACCUCAUGGGCGCUCACGUCGCCUCGUUCACCGUCGAAGGCCGCCAGCUCAUCUGCCUGCCCCAGGCCUUCGAGCUGUUCCUCAGGAGCCACGUGGGAGGCCUCCACACCGUCUACACAAAGCUCCGGAGGCUGGGGAUCGCGCCCUCGGUGUGCAACGUGGAACAGGUCCGCUCGCUCCGUGGCCUGGGGGCCAUCCAGCCGGGCGUGAACCGAUGCAAGCUCAUCUCGAGGGCGGACUUCGAGGUUCUGUACAGCGACUGCGCCAGCGCCGGCUCACGGCCCGGGCGGCCCCCCAAGAGGAGCCACGGAGGCCUCGUGGCCUCCCCGCACGCCGCGGGGCCCCAGGGGACACCGGCUCCCUCCGCCUCGUCGCACGCAGGUCUGGGGUUGGUGGGGGCAGGGGGAAGCUGCGUGGGGGUGGGGGGAGGAGGACCCUCCCCUCCCCCCAACUUCCGAGACCCCCACAAUGCCAAGCAGCUCAAGGCGGAGGCCGCCAACGGUCACCAUGGCGACGGGACGCCUGGCGACGGUCACCGGGGCAAUGGUCACCGGGGCAACGGCGACGAUGGGGUUGGAGGUCGGCCCACAACCGCCGUGGGCUGCGUGGACAUCUCCUGGCUCGGAGCGAGGCGGCGAACUCCGACCGCCAUGGCCGCUCCGCUUUUUGACCCCGCGACCUCUGGGCCCGUGCACAGCGGGCCUCCGGGCAUGGCCUCGGCGCGCCCUCUGUCUCAGGUCCAGGGCUCUCAGCUCUUCUCCAACGGACUCGAGCACCUGAACGGAGCCUUGCCCUUCAUGAUGGUGCCUCACCACCUGCUGCCCGUGGGCCUGCAGCAGCAGCAUCACCACCAUCACCACGUCUCCAUGGCAAUGAGUCACAUGACCCACCUGGGAAUGGCCGCCGUGGCCCAGGCUCAGGCCCAAGCCCAGGCGCACACUGAAGGCUCCGGCGGCAAGGAGCGCUCGCUUGGAAGGGGCAGCCCCUCUCCUCCCAUCUCUCCGGAAGGCCCCGGAGAAUCUCCUCCCGAGCGAUGCGGGGAGACGUUCUUGCCAGAGGCGCUCCAGGCAGCGCCUCGACGGAACGGGUGGCCCGCCCUGCCGCACGGCAUCGUGGGAAGGGCAGCGCCUUGCAGGAACGAGGAUUCGGAGGAGGAGGUGGAGGAGGUGGAGGAGGAGGAGGACACGGAGGAAGGAUCCGCUGGGAGACUUGGGGAGGAAGGUGAGAGAUGCGCGGAUGGGAGGGAGUCUCUACCCACUAGGGGAGACAAAGGCGGCCGGGCGUGGUGUUGGCAACCCACCCACCUUGUGUGCCGUGCCGGCCUUUAAAGGUGCUGCUCGCUAACUGCACUUUCCCCUACAGUCUGUGAAGGCUAUACGGGGGAUCUUUGUCUUUCUUGUGUGUGUGUGUGAUGGUGCCAGUGCGUUCGAGGAGAUAGCCUGGCAGAUAUUUGCCUUUGCCUUCGUGUGUGUGUGUACGUGUGUGUUUUUGUGUGUACGUGUGUGUGUACAC